AUGAACGAUUCGUUCAAGGAUAGGAAGAGGAGAUAUGAGACUGUGAAAGACAAACAGAAUUCUCCCGUCGUCUUCUCUCCCAGUAUGACGUGUCCCUUCCCUCUCUUUCGUUUGCUUUGUUGGAUUAUUUCCGUCUUCUUUGAAGCAAUCGAGUCUUUUCUCAUCCCCAACAUCCCGUUACCUCCACCUCACUUUCCUCCGCCUCAAACUGUCUCAAUCCGUCCACCCGACGUCCCGAUACCCUCAUCUCAUUUCCCUCUCUUCCAAGUCCCAUUCGUCCCGUUAAGGAGAAUUAUUGAUUUUAUGAAGGCCGAUGCAUUAGUAUCCCUUUCCUUUUGCUCGCAGAAAAGUCACUCUGUCAUAAGAACUCAACGAAGAGCACCAUUUGCGGGACGUCUCUGUGUUUCGGAAUUCGACAGGAACUUAUCAUUCCGUACAUUUCGAAAUUGCGAUUGUGUGUUGAGUGUCCGCGAUUGUUCGUAUUUUUCAACUUCUGAGAGAAUUAAUUAUGUUAAAAUGAACAGGCGGUACGUUCCAGUUGAAACGCAGCGUUCGGAUGGAAAUCUUGUCUCAUACUGGUCUGAUACAACGGACGGAUUGAAAACUAUCACUGAUUAUGUGACCGAUCUAUUCAAUAUUGAUGUAUCAGAAGUCUGUGUAUUUAAAGAUGCAAUUAAAAUGAUUAAAUGGGUGAACUGGAGACAAAAAGCACCAUUGAAAAAAGUGGUUGACAUGAACUGGGGUGUCAUUCCAUCGGAAGAAAUGAUUUAUAUUCUGAGGGAUUGCACAACUUUAUCUGAAAUAAGCAUUCACUCAGUGGCUCCACCCAAUUCCCGCAUCUCGGGAAGCUUCCGAAGAAUUGAUUACUUAGAUAUCUGGUACGGGUCAUGGGUGACAAUUGAGAACCUAUUGACGAUGGAUGGAAUCGAUAUUAGUCUGGGUCACUCUAAUCUAUCUAAUAGUGAUUUGAAUGUUUUUCUAAAGCAUUGGCUAGCUGGAGGAUGUCCUCGAUUGAAAUUUUUUUACGCUGAUGUUCAUUCUGUAAACAUUUUGCAAGUACUCGCCGGUCUCAUGCAUAACGCCGUUUUUGUGGAGAAUCGUCGUGACUAUACCAGCCCCUUCGGACACCAAUGGACUUUCUGGGAUGGAUAUGACAUCCAACGUUCGGAUGGUGUGACGGCUACAGUAGACUAUCAUCCACCGAGAACCUUGGUCAUUGCAGUUUGGCCAGAGACCGCUCAUAAUUCUAAUUAA